GACUCGUUUGACCACUUCACCGCUGACUUAUCAAAAAAGAGUUUUCAUCUUCGCGAAGAUUAUUAUUUUUCUCUGCAACAAUGUAAUCGAUCAACGAUUCGGAAGAAUCGAAGACUUCGUAUUUUAGAAAAUGCGUUCUCUUGAUGAGUCUUUAUGAAAACUGUAUUCAUCAAGUGAUCGUACAUCCGAUCACCAGGUUGCUGGACGUGCGAAGUGCACUGCGAUCUCGCAUGCGAAGUUGGUACGCAAACUUUCGCUUGUGGUCAUUCGCCGUUUCGUUACGAAUUUAGUGUUCGUGCUGCAACCGUCGUGGCAUGCACUAGUGAAAUACCGACGCAGCACGGAACAAUAAAAAAGUGAAAAAAUGGAGUUCCUGGGCAACUGGAUGGUGAACAUAUGUGUCACAUUAGGGUUCAUUGUGUACUUGAUAUAUCGAUACAUGACAAGACAUUUCGAUUACUGGAGAAAACGAGGUGUUGUUUUCACUCAACCGACUCCCAUUGUCGGAAACAUCGGAGAAUUUCUGAUCGGAAGAAAAUCGGUCGGAAAUUUUACAAAGGACAUUUAUGAUUAUGCCCCCAACGAACCCUACGUGGGCUUCUUCGCAUUUGAUAAACCGAUGCUGAUCAUUCGCGAUCCGGAGCUCAUUAGGCGGAUUCUCGUUAAGGAUUUCGAGUAUUUCGUCGAUCGAUUCGCCACUGCGGGCGGUCACGAUGUCCUGGGAACGGCCAAUUUAUUUCUACUGAAGAAUCCCGCCUGGAAAUUUUUGAGAACUAAAAUUUCACCGAUUUAUACAUCCAAGAGGCUCAAGGACAUGGUUCACCUUCUGACGGAAGUCGGCCAAGGGCUUGUUACUCAUAUGGACUUUUUGGAUUUAAAAGAUUCUGGACGAACAAUUGAACUGAAGAAGAUAUGCUCGCGAUACACAACUGAUAUGAUCGCAACCACAGCUUUCGGACUACGAGCCAACUCACUGAAUAAUCCCAGCGCUGAAUUCUGGAAAAUUGGACAAGAAAUGUUCGCAGACACUUUCAAACGCAGCCUCGAAAUGACCGCCCUUUUUUUUGCCCCCUUUUUCAUGACACCGAUGAGAUUCUUUAUGUUUCCCCCACGCCUGAGUGAAUUUAUGCGCAAAAUCAUUUGGGAUACUAUCGGUGAACGCGAGAAACUUGGAUACAAGAGGCCUGAUCUCAUUGACCUGUUGGUUGAACUGAAGAAUCAAAAGCCGGAUGAGACUUAUAAAAAUAUUUUUGCAUUCGAGGGCGAUAAUAUUGUCGCUCAAGCAGCUGUUUUCUUCGCCGCAGGAUUUGAAUCAUCAUCCACUAUCCUAAGUUUUUCUCUCUAUGAAUUAGCUGUACAACCGGAAAUCCAAAAUCGUCUCAGAGAAGAGAUUAUCGAUGCGAUAGAGAAAAAUGGCGGGAGAAUCAGCUAUGAGCUGAUCAUGGAGCUGCCCUAUUUGGACAUGGUUAUAUCAGAGACCCUUCGCAAAUACCCGCCAUUACCACUCGUCGAUCGCGUUGCGAAUUCAAAUUAUUCGGUACCUGGAACUGAUCUCGUCAUCGAGAAGGGAACACCAAUUUAUGUGCCGUUGAUGGGUCUGCAUUUCGAUCCCAAACAUCAUGAAGAUCCAGAUAAAUUCGAUCCUGAGCGAUUUUCAGACGCUAAUAAGCAAUCAACCAAGAGGGCGUGGUAUCCUUUUGGAGACGGUCCACACGUCUGCAUUGGUCAGAGACUGGGACUACUUCAGGCCAAAUUGGGAAUUAUCGAAAUGGUGCGCAAUUAUGAGUUCUCGCCCUGUGAGAAGACACCUAUCCCAAUGGUAUUAACCACGAAGGGUCUCAUGACACAUUCCGCCGGAGAUUUGUAUCUUCAUGUGAAAAAAGUGAAGACAUAAAAAUCAUCAUAAAUAUCAUCUUCCUGAAUUAUAAAAAUUUAUCUCAGGUUUUGUUGACGGACAUUUGAUAAUUGAAUUUGAGGUAUUAAUAUAGAGAGUUACAAGGGUCAGGUAGGGAUUCUCUGAGGGUUUGCAGGUGGAGCGAGCAAAGGGCGAAAAGACUGGUGGCUGAAAUGAAAACGAAAUGAAGCUGCGGAAAUAUAUUUUUUCAAUUUAACGGGAUGAAAAAAUUAUUUAAAAAUUGAAUCUUUAUGUUUUUUUAUUGCAUUCCAUUAUAGUAAUAUAUCACCAUGAAUAGUUGAAUUUGGCAGCCUUUUCCAUCUAUUUUCCAACAAAAUCACAUUAUUGAUCAUUUUUCUCGCAUAAUUUCGCGGAUUAUACAUUUUUCAGAGAUCAUUUUACAAUGACAAAUUAAGAGACUUUUCUGAUAAAGUACAUCGAUCCCUAAUUACAAUAUAUUACAUUUUCCUUAUUCUGCAUUCCAUCGUCAAUUUGUUCCGCAUUCAAAAAUUAUAUCUACGGAAUGAUAAAAAAAAUUAAUGACGUAUUCCAUCGCUCCCACAAAUUAGUGCACUGAGCUGAAAAUUGGGUGCCAGAAAUAAUUUUUGUAAAUAUGAAAUAUCAGUAUAUUUUUAUCAUGUGACAUUUAUCUCUUCAUUUUCUUCGUUAUCAGUAAAAUCGGUGUAACUUGUCAGUGUCGAGACAUCGCUGCUCAGUUCCAAUCUACUGGACCGAUCAUUGUCAGUAUCGCUCAAAUCUGGAUUUGGAUUAUUUUUAUUCGGUAGCGUUUGUUCACGUGAUCCACCGGACGCCAUUAGCUCUCGUUCCUUAGUAUUUCUCCAUUUCAUCCGGCGAUUUUGAAACCAAAUUUUCACCUGAAAACACACAACCAAUAUCACAGGAAUCUUAUUUAAAUAAAAUCUCCCAGAGGUCAAAAUUUCUCAACCCGAGACAUUAUGUAAUUAAUCAUCCAUCGUGUUGUCAUACAUAAUUAGGUAAAAUAAAAAAUCGGUAUUUCA